UCAUUUGUAAACCGGUUCUCCGAUUCUGGCAAAGACGCUAGCUUGACCCUGAGGGACUCUUCUUCUCCUCUGCUUCGCUCGAAACAACGUUCGUCUCUGCGAAUCAGAAGAAAACCGAAAGUCAAAAAGAUGGGUUGGAUGGGAGAAACCAUAGAUUCAAUCAAAUCCAUUCAGAUCCGUCAGCUUCUCACUCAAGCCAUCAGUCUUGGGAUGAUUGUUACGUCUGCUUUGAUCAUAUGGAAAGCUUUGAUGUGUGUCACUGGCAGCGAAUCUCCUGUGGUUGUUGUUCUCUCUGGAAGUAUGGAGCCUGGCUUCAAGAGGGGGGAUAUACUGUUCUUGCACAUGAGUAAAGACCCUAUUCGAGCUGGAGAAAUUGUUGUUUUCAAUGUUGAUGGUCGGGAUAUUCCCAUUGUGCAUCGUGUCAUUAAGGUUCACGAAAGGGAGAAUACAAGAGAAGUCGAUGUUUUGACAAAAGGUGACAAUAACUAUGGAGAUGAUAGACUUCUGUAUGCUGAAGGGCAGCAGUGGCUUCAUCGACAUCAUAUAAUGGGUCGUGCUGUCGGGUUCUUGCCUUAUGUUGGAUGGGUGACUAUCAUUAUGACGGAAAAGCCUAUCAUCAAGUACAUUCUCAUAGGGGCCUUGGGUUUACUCGUUAUAACGUCCAAGGAUUGAUCGAGUUCUUUGGAAAUGCAUGGACUCUGGUUUGUCACCCUUCUGGUCUUGUUGUUUUAAAGGGAAACUACAAUUUAUAAAAGACUGGUCAUUUUGUGGUUUAGACCACUUUAAACAGUAGAAUUCACAAAAGCAGUCAGGCAAAGGUUUUCGAUUUAACCCAUUCAACAUCAA